CUUUCCGGGGCAGGGAGGAACUCUGUGACAGCGGCGCUGGGCUGCUCCGUUUCGGAAGGAGAAGAAGCUGUUUUUUUAGGGCGUUUUCAUUAAAAAGAAGAAGGGGGUGGGGGGGAGCCCAAGCCCUGAGCUGGGCUGGAAACUUCAGCGACAGGAAGGAAGCGAAGUGGGUUAUUUCGGGCUCCAGUUGGCUGCUCGGGGCAAAGCUCGACUCCUCUGCGCGCUGAUAGCAGCCCCUCGUGAACAAUGGGGUCGUGGGGCCCUUCCCGGCAGGAAAACGGCUCGUUCCGGUGAAAUCUGCCGCUGCUGCUGAGUCAGCAGGUCCUGCUGGGCCGGGCGGGCUGUGGAGGGUCCGGGGGAGCCAAAGGAGAGAUGGACACCUUCAGCACCAAGAACUUGGCCCUGCAGGCCCAGAAGAAGCUGCUGAGCAAAAUGGCCACCAAGAGCAUCGCCAACGCCUUCAUCGACGACACCAGCAGCGAGAUCCUGGACGAGCUGUACCGGGCCACCAAGGAGUACACGCACAACCGCAAAGAGGCGCAGAAGAUCAUCAAAAACCUCAUCAAGAUCGUGAUGAAGCUGGGGGUGCUGUACCGCAACGGGCAGUUCAGCCCCGAGGAGCUGCUGCUCAUGGAGCGCUUCCGCAAGAAGGUGCACACGCUGGCCAUGACGGCCGUCAGCUUCCACCAGAUCGACUUCACCUUCGACCGGCGGGUCAUGGCGGGCGUGCUGACCGAGUGCCGGGACCUGCUGCACCAGGCGGUCAACGGGCACCUGACGGCCAAGUCGCACUCGCGCAUCAACCACGUCUUCAACCACUUUGCGGACUGCGAGUUCCUGGCGGCGCUGUACGGCCCGGCCGAGCCCUACCGCACCCACCUGCGCCGCAUCUGCGACGGCGUCAGCAAGAUGCUGGAGGAGGAGAACAUCUGAGCGGGCCCGGGGGCUCCGUGCGCUCUGACCCGCCCUCCCCUCUCCCCCUCUCAGUGCUCACCCCGCUCUCCUCCUUCCUCCGAGGGGCUGAGACUUUGUCUGCCCCUUGCCCAGGGUCUGUGAACCCUCCCUGUGCUCCCCAGGGGAUCCCGGCCCCUCUGUACGGUUUGAUUUCCUUUGCCCACCAAGUGCCUUUAGCUCAGAGUCCAAGGGUUUGGACUCUUUGCCUUGAACUCUGUUGUAACCUCUGGGGGGAAACUGAACCAAAGACUUGCAGAGUGAAGCAGCUCUGAGGUGUCUCUGAGCAGCUGGGACGUUUUUGGGGUGAAAGUUCUGAGAUUCUCCAGUCUGUGGAUUUUUCCCAGCAGCUCCACAACGUGGUGGGAGCAAAUCCUGGUCCAGACUUGUGCUGCCUCAGGCAGGAAGGUGCUGCUGCAUGGGUUUGGUGUCCUCAAAGACAAGUCCUGAGACCAGGGGGAUCCCUCCUCCCCUGGACCCCAGGAACACCCAACUCCCCCCAGCCUGCAGCAGUGCUGCCUCCUGGCCCUCCAGCACUGUCCUUGGUGGGGAUCCAAAGCUCCCCUGGAAUUUCACCCUUUUCCCUGCCCCUGACUGAGUGAUGUUCGUUUUUUAGCAAACUCUGUAGCCCUGAUGAGUUACUGAAAUAAACUCACCUGUGUGGCCUGGGA